AUCUCAGCCACAACUAUGACUUAUAGAUACCUACCUUUCCGAAUAUGCCCCUAUUCAGAGGCUCUUGUACUACCUCCCUGGUCGCUUGAGCUUGAAAUACAAGUUGCGAAAAUCAGCAGACCAUAAUGUGUGCCUACGCCAGCUUGGUAUGUAUUUUGGCGAUUGUUAGAAUUGAGGGUAAGAGCAAAGUUGAUAUAACCCCUUUUCUGGCACCCUACGACCUGGUGAACAGUUUAGAUAGCUGUCUGGCUCUACAGCCUCAUCACUGUUGCCGCGUUAAACGCUUGCGGUCCAGAUUGAACCCUCAACAUCCACUUAGCGCUUACCUAGGUAGGCACGUUUCCAUUCAACGUAGGUAUAAGAGAGAACAAUAUGGCAAAGCAAUGGCAUCCACACACUGAUCCGGCAUAGUUGCAAGAAUAUACACCUAGUUCAUUCAUCCAUUCCAGCUGCCUCAGUUCAUUACCACUCAUCUGGGCACCUACCGGCC